AUGAUCACGGUGCAGGGCGAGGCUCGCCAGCCCCAGGUGGUGGUUGGGGCGUCUAGGGCUCACUUCGGUGUCUCUCGCGAUGACUCUUAUGCGCCCAAGCCUGAGCCCUCGCCGCUCAGCUUGGUCCCCUUCAAAUCUCAUCACGAUGCUCAUGAAGUUGAUGAAGAUGCGCAUUUGUCUCUGGCUCAUCAAAUGUACAAGGCUGGCAACUAUAAAGAGGCACUAGAGCAUAGCAAAAUUGUAUAUGAGAGAAACCCGAUUCGCACUGAUAAUCUCCUUCUAUUGGGUGCAAUUUAUUAUCAGUUGCAUGAAUUUGAUAUGUGUAUUGCCAAAAAUGAAGAAGCCCUUCGAAUUGAGCCACACUUUGCUGAGUGUUAUGGUAACAUGGCUAAUGCUUGGAAGGAAAAAGGCAACAAUGACCUUGCAAUUCGGUACUAUUUGGUUGCCAUUGAGCUUCGACCGAAUUUCUGUGAUGCUUGGUCAAACUUAGCUAGUGCAUACAUGCGGAAAGGAAGGCUUGACGAGGCAGCACAGUGCUGUCGUCAGGCACUUGCUUUGAAUCCCCGUUUGGUGGAUGCCCAUAGUAAUCUUGGGAAUCUAAUGAAGGCAAGAGGAUUGGUGCAAGAAGCAUACAGUUGCUACCUCGAGGCUUUACGUUUACAACCAAACUUUGCUAUUGCAUGGUCAAAUCUCGCUGGUCUUUUCAUGGAGUCUGGUGAUCUUAAUAGAGCCCUUCAGUACUAUAAGGAGGCUGUGAAACUCAAACCUGCUUUUCCGGAUGCGUAUCUCAACCUGGGUAAUGUUUAUAAGGCUUUGGGAAUGCCUCAGGAGGCUAUCGUGUGUUAUCAGCGUGCUCUCCAGACAAGACCUAACUAUGCAAUGGCUUUUGGUAAUUUGGCUAGUACGUAUUAUGAGCAAGGUCAACUGGAGUUGGCAAUCCUACAUUAUAAGCAAGCCAUUUCUUGUGAUACAAGAUUUUUGGAGGCUUACAAUAAUUUGGGCAAUGCUCUGAAAGACAUUGGCAGAGUGGAUGAAGCAAUUCAGUGCUACAAUCAAUGCCUUACUUUACAACCUAACCAUCCACAAGCACUUACCAACUUGGGGAAUAUUUAUAUGGAGUGGAACAUGGUGGCAGCUGCUGCUUCAUAUUAUAAGGCCACGUUGACUGUAACAACUGGAUUGUCUGCUCCUUUUAAUAAUCUUGCCAUCAUCUAUAAACAACAGGGGAAUUAUGCAGAUGCAAUAUCUUGCUACAAUGAGGUUCUUCGCAUUGAUCCAUUGGCAGCUGACGGGCUUGUCAAUAGGGGGAACACAUACAAAGAGAUUGGUAGAGUCAGUGAAGCUAUUCAGGACUACAUACAUGCUAUAUCUAUCCGGCCAACUAUGGCUGAAGCUCAUGCAAACUUGGCUUCAGCUUACAAGGAUAGUGGACAUGUGGAUGCUGCUAUUAAGAGCUAUAAACAGGCAUUGCUCCUUCGACCCGACUUUCCAGAGGCAACUUGUAAUCUUUUACAUACAUUACAGUGUGUAUGCAGUUGGGAGGACCGUGACAAAAUGUUUUCUGAAGUUGAAGGCAUUAUCAGGAGGCAGAUUAAUAUGUCUCUUCUGCCUAGCGUGCAACCUUUCCACGCAAUAGCGUAUCCUAUUGAACCAAUUUUGGCACUUGAAAUCAGCCGUAAAUAUGCUGCACACUGCUCCAUAAUUGCAUCCCGAUUUGGACUUUCUUCCUUCAACCAUCCUGCUCCGAUUUCCAUAAAGCGCAAUGGUGGACCUGAGAGACUAAGGGUUGGAUAUGUAAGUAGUGACUUUGGUAAUCACCCUUUGUCACAUCUUAUGGGAUCUAUUUUUGGCAUGCACAAUAAGGACAAUGUUGAGGUUUUCUGUUAUGCCUUGAGUGCAAAUGAUGGAACGGAAUGGAGACAACGUAUCCAGUCUGAAGCAGAGCACUUUGUGGAUGUGUCAUCUUUGUCAUCAGAUAUGAUUGCCAAAAUGAUUAAUGAAGAUAAGAUACAGAUCUUAAUUAACCUUAAUGGUUAUACAAAGGGGGCAAGAAAUGAAAUAUUUGCUAUGCAGCCAGCACCUAUUCAGGUUUCAUAUAUGGGUUUCCCUGGUACAACGGGGGCAAAUUACAUCGAUUACUUGGUCACUGAUGAGUUUGUUUCACCUUUACGCUUCUCGCAUAUUUACUCUGAGAAGCUUGUUCAUCUCCCGCAUUGCUACUUUGUGAAUGAUUAUAAACAGAAAAAUCAAGAUGUAUUGGAUCCAAGCUGUGGGCACAAGCGAUCAGAUUAUGGUCUGCCCGAAGAUAAAUUUAUAUUUGCAUGCUUCAAUCAGUUGUACAAAAUGGAUCCUGAAAUCUUUAAUACUUGGUGCAACAUUCUUAAACGUGUGCCCAACAGUGCACUCUGGCUCCUCAGAUUCCCAGCUGCAGGCGAAAUGAGACUUCGUGCAUAUGCUGUUGCUCAAGGGGUGCAGGCAGACCAAAUCAUCUUCACAGAUGUUGCCAUGAAAGGCGAACAUAUCAGGCGCAGUGCAUUAGCAGAUUUAUUUCUUGACACGCCUUUGUGCAAUGCACAUACAACAGGCACGGAUAUUCUAUGGGCAGGCUUGCCCAUGGUGACCCUUCCCCUUGAAAAGAUGGCAACCAGGGUUGCUGGGUCACUGUGUCUUGCCACUGGACUGGGAGAGGAGAUGAUUGUCAGCAAUAUGAAAGAGUAUGAAGAGAAGGCAGUAUCUCUGGCAUUGAAUCCCCUGAAGCUCCAUGCUCUUGCCAACAAGCUGAAGGCAGCCCGACUGACUUGUCCUUUGUUUGACACAGCACGCUGGGUGAGGAAUCUGGAAAGGGCUUAUUUUAAAAUGUGGAAUCUGCAUUGCUCAGGCCAGAAGCCCCAGCAUUUCAAAGUUGCCGAGAAUGAUUUAGAGUUCCCCUAUGAUAGAUAG